CCCCCCGGAUGCGGCACUUCCCUCCCUCCCUUCCUGCUCCUCGGAGCCCAUUGCUCUGCGGUAGACGAGGAACUGAGGGGAGAGAGUCAGGCUGCACUCAGCUGUCAACUGCCACCAGCACGAGAGGCUCGCAGCGCAUGCGCAGCCCAACUGCUAUGAAAAAGUCUCCGAUCUGCGGCUUUGGGGAAGACCCGUCACCUGCAGUGGACCACCCACGGGGACACACCUCAGAGAACAGUCGUUACUGUAUGAGACGGUGCCCUCAAAUCCCACAUCUCCCGGCACACGGCUCCCCGCCACCCUCCUUCACCUGGCCUGGGAUGGACCGCCUGCCGCUGCUCCUCUUCCUGUGCACAGCGCUGGCCUCCAGCCGUGGAUUCAGCGUGGACGUGGACGGACCCAUCACCUUCCAGGAGGCAGCCGCGGGGUUCGGGCAGAGCGUGGUGCAGUUCGGGAGCGCCAGAGCCGGGCGGCUGGUCAUCGGGGCCCCGCUGCAGACGGGGAACGUGAAUGAAACUGGCAAAGUCUACACGUGUGACGCAGGCUCCAGACGCUGCCAGGAGAUCCCCAUCCAGAGGCCCCUGGACGCAGUGAACAUGUCCCUUGGAUUGUCUCUGGCUGCCCGGGGCUCCCAGCUCCUGGCCUGCGGCCCCACGGCGCACCGGGCCUGCGGGGAGAACAUGCACCUCAACGGCUACUGCUUCCUCCUGGACCAGAGCCUCCCGCAGCUCCGGCGUAUCCCGGACACCCUGGCAGAGUGCCCCAAAGGUGCCACGGACAUCAUGUAA